AUGCGAAGGUCUAUACAGGACUUCCUGGGCAUCAAGAGGAUGUCGCAAGAGCAGCUCACAGCUGCUCUCGUGAUCCUUGCGCUGCGCGGCCUCAGCAAAAGCGAGGACUUCUCGAAGCUUUGUCCUCCCAGCGAGCGCCGGACGCCAGAGCAGGUCCUGAAUUAUGCUAUCUCACACCUGGAUGCAUUCCUGCCCUCCAUGGCGUGCUUGCGCGGCGACGCCUACGACUACCUGGUCUCAACGGCGCGAAUGCUCAAGGAGUUCAACUUCGCUCAGCUGCUGCAGGGGGAGAACAACCCGCACUCGGUCUGGCUGCUGCAGUGCAGCUUGCAAGAAGAGGGAGAGAAGGUGUUUGGCAUCUACCUCUUCGUGCAGGUGUGCAUGCUGUGCGGCGUGACGGGACAUGUGACUCUGAAGGGUUCCAUGUUCUUGAACGAGCUGAACGGCCGCUCCUUGUUGAAAGGCCUUGCUUGCCUGCAGCACGUCUCGGAUGAGGAGCCUCAAACCGUCUACUGGAGAUACAUUGCAAGCCGUGCACAGGCGCUGAAUCUCCAAGUCAAGACGCCGAGUCACCUGGUCCUGGCACGCCUCGCUUGUCUGACGCGGACGGUGGAGUCCGAUGCGUUGCAAAACUUGGCUUCCGAUUGGGAGACACUGACGGCGGCAGAGAAGGACGCCCUCUACGAGAUUUUCCUCACGGACGGUCUGUACCACAAGGCCUUUAUCUUCCUCUACCUGCCGAUGUUCUUGACCAAUGCCGUGGCAAACCUUGACUUGGGCCUGCGGCGCGGACUCCAAUUCCUGGUGGAGCUUUACAAUAAGCUGCUGAUGCACCGCUGCCUCAGCGCGGAGGUUUACACCGUCAAGGUGGAUAUCUCCUCGCUCGCGGCCUUAGCCAAAGAAGUCGAUGACGUGCGGUUGCUCCGGCAAUGCUUGGACUACUCACGCAUCGUGCAGCACGCGCACGGAGUGACGGUUCUGCUCACUGCAGAGAGUUAUCAAGUCCUCUCAGGCCAACUUGUGAACGAGAACCGAAGUGCCGAUCUGCUUGAGAUGAUGAUGGCGCAGCAGCGAAGAAUUGAGGAAGCGGUGCUCCAGAAGGGCAAGGGUCCACGACAGGCAGUACUCCUACGGCGUGCCUCGACGCAGCAAUCGAACCUGAAUAAUGAGCAGGUUGUGUCGGACUCCUUCUGA